AUGGCAGAUGAACUCCCUUCAGAAUUCGAUGUGAUUGUUAUAGGAACUGGUUUGCCUGAGUCCAUUGUUGCAGCUGCUUGUUCAAGAAGUGGCCAAAGUGUUCUACAUGUUGAUUCAAGAAGUUAUUAUGGAGGAAACUGGGCUGGUUUCAAUUUUUCAGGACUAUUAUCUUGGAUAAAAAAAUUUCAGGAAGAGAGUGAUGUUGGGGUAGAUUGGGCAGCAUGUCAAGAGCUAAUAUUGAAAACCGAAGAAGCCAUUGUUCUUACAAAGAAGGAUCAGACCAUCCAACAUGUAGAAGUCAUUUGUUAUGUCAGUCAGGAUUCAGAUGAACACUUUGAAAAAGUUGGUGCUUUGCAGAAGAAUCCUGUCUCUGUGAUGUCUCCUAGACCAAAUGACCCUCUAAUCUCAAUGUACACAGCUUACUCUGAUACAUCUGAAUUACCAUUACCACACAAUGAGUCAGAGACUGCACUAGAAGGCCCUGGAGUAGACAUGAUGCUAGAGAAAGAAUAUCAUGAAAACUAUACAGAAUUUAGCCAGUCAGCCUUGGAACAGGAAAAAGCUGAAAAUGUUCCAAUCAUAGAAGAUAUUGCUUCUGCACCCAAGAAAAAUAGAAUUACUUACUCCCAAAUUAUUAAAGAAGACAGGAAAUUUAAUAUUGAUUUGACCUCUAAGCUUCUUUAUUCUCGAGGAUUGUUAAUUGACCUUCUAAUCAAAUCAAACAUUAGUUGUUAUGCAGAGUUCAAAAAUGUCACUAGAAUUCUUGGAUAUCAAGAAGAGAAUGUGCUACAGGUACCUUGCUCCAGAGCAGAUGUUUUUAAUAGCAAGAAACUCACUAUGGUAGAAAAAAGAAUGCUGAUGAAAUUUUUGACAUUUUGUUUAGACUAUGAACAGCACCCUGAUGAAUACAAAGCUUAUGAGGAAAGUACCUUUUCAGAAUACUUAAAAACUCAAAAACUGACACCCAACCUGAGGCACUUUGUUCUUCAUUCCAUGGCAAUGAUGUCAGAGACAUCCAGCAGCACCUUAGACGGCCUCAGAGAAACAAGGAACUUUCUUCAGUGUCUUGGGCAAUAUGGCAACACUCCCUUUUUGUUCCCAUUGUAUGGUCAAGGAGAAAUACCCCAGGGUUUCUGUAGAAUGUGUGCAGUAUUUGGUGGAACAUAUUGUCUUAACCAUGUAGUACAGUGCCUUGUAGUAGACAAAGAAUCUGGAAAGUGCAAGGCAAUCAUAGAUCGUACUGGUCAGAGAAUAAAUGCUAAAUAUUUUAUUGUUGAAGAUAGUUGCCUUUCUGAGAAAACAUGUUCAAAUGUGACCUAUAAGCAGAUAUCCAGAGCAGUGCUGAACGAUCGAUCUGUACUGAAGGCAGAUUCUGAUCAGCACAUUUCCAUUUUGACAAUGCCAUCAGUAGACCCACGGUCUGCUCCUGUCCGGCUCAUUGAGUUGUGUUCUUCAACAAUGACAUGCAUGGAAGGAACAUAUCUUGUCCAUUUGACUUGUGCAUCCUCAAAAAAAACAGCCAGAGAAGAUUUAGAAUUUGUUGUACAAAAAUUAUUCACCCCAUAUACUGAAGUGGAGCUGGACAAAAGGAAACCAGAAAAGCCAAAUCUUCUGUGGGCCCUCUAUUUCAACAUGAGAGAUUCUUCAGGCAUUAAUAGGGACUCCUAUAGUGACUUACCUUCAAAAAUGUACAUCUGCUCUGGACCAGACUGUUUUUUGGGAAGUGAGCAUGCUGUUAAACAGGCUCAAACAUUUUUCCAGCACAUCUUGCCAAAUGAAGAAUUUUUCCCGCCUCCACCAAAUCCUAAAGAUAUUAUAUUUGAUGGAGAUGGUGUGCAACCAGAAAUUCUUGCAUCCAAGCCAGACACUGCUGAAGAAGUCACAGGCCAAAGAAACCCAGAAGAACAUGCUCAUGAAUAGAUGACAGAUA